GCUAACAGUAACACCGGAGCAUUUUGUUGAGACCUAUUUUGUAAAGAUGGCGUCCAAUGACUUCUAUUUAAGAUAUUAUGUAGGGCACAAGGGAAAGUUUGGACAUGAGUUUCUUGAAUUUGAGUUUCGUCCUGAUGGCAAACUGCGUUAUGCAAACAACUCAAACUACAAGAAUGACGUCAUGAUCCGCAAAGAGGCGUAUGUGAUGCGGUGCGUGAUGGAGGAGCUUCGUCGCAUCAUCGACGACUCUGAGAUCAUGCAGGAGGACGACGCCCUGUGGCCGCAGCCUGACAGGGUGGGGCGGCAGGAGCUCGAGAUCGUCAUAGGAGACGAGCACAUCUCCUUCACCACCUCCAAGAUUGGCUCCCUUGUGGAUGUCAACAACUCCAAGGACCCGGAUGGUCUGCGGUGUUUCUACUACCUGGUCCAGGACCUGAAGUGUCUUGUGUUCUCUCUCAUCGGCCUGCACUUCAAGAUCAAGCCCAUCUAAUGCACCACCAAUAACACUCGUCUCUUAUAAGCGUCCUUUCAUUUCAUUCUUGCCACUUAAUGCAAACUUUUCUUGAAGACGGAUAGGUUUUUUAAAAAAGACAAGUAGUGAUAGGAUUUCGAGGUAUGUAGUUAAUGAAGUCUGAUUUAGUUAACUGAUGAUGAAUAGCAUUGAGAACGUUACAGUGUGCAUUCUUACGUGCUCACAUGCAAUUGGGGGAAGUGGUUGUUAACUGUACUUCAUUAUUUCAUUUCCAAGAGAUGAAUUUUACGUUUAAUUUGCCAGACGUCGUUGAUAAGCCAGUCAAUUGGGAAGUACCGGUAUAAUUCUUAUGAUCCUGGUAAACCUCAACUCCUUAUAAUUCAUCAUGUCUUUAUACGUCUUAACUACUCAGUUUUAUACCUCCCAACUUAUGCUCAUUGAGAACACACAAUUCACAAA